GCGGCGGUGGGCCAUGCAAUGGAAGUGCACUUCCUGUGUGCCAUCAUGUUUCGACAGCCACAAUCUGGGAAUUGGGCCGACGCAUGCGAUGAGGACGACGAGCGCCUCACCGUGCCGCAACAGCACGCCAGUGUGCCAAGUACGACCAAUGCUCCUUCUUCGUCAAGGACGGAUGAGUACCCUUCGCGACCUGUCGUGCCCGCUGCACCCGCAAAGGCGCCAGCGGCGUCCAACUACUGGGUAACGAGAGGGCAGCAAGCAGCUGCCCCUGCUCCUCGUGCGGACACCUCGAACUUUCGCCGAGGAGACGACCAUCCAUCAUCUCGUGGUGCUUCGUACGACCGUCGCGACGAACGGGGUGACUAUCAAGAUCGUCGCCGAGACUACGACGACCGCGGUGGUCGCCGAAACUACGACUCUCAGGACUCGGGUCGAUUUGGUCGACAAGACAACAAUGGACGAGGGUACGAUCGUCAAGACAGCAACUCGUCGUAUGGCGCACGCGGCGGGGGCUACGGCCGCGACCACCAGGACAGCCAACGGCCCGCCCCCUCCGGCCGGUGGGGUCAAGCCGCCAACGCCCCGCGACACGAAGGCUUUGUCACGAAUUUCCGAGAGGAUGGUGGGUUUGGUUUCCUGCAUUGUCUCGAGCUCAAGCAAGACGUGUUCUUCCACGAAUCCGAAGUGCCCGCGCGAGCUACCGACGCCUCAACGUCGGCACAACAACCGUCAGACACGUCAUCGACGUUGCUUUCGCAUGUCCAGGUGGGCGAUGAAUUGUCGUUUGAGUUGACGACACACCCGCGUACUGGCAAAGAAAGUGCCACACAUAUCCAACGGUUGGCCAAAGGCACGAUCGUUCUUGAAGACGUUUCAGACCAACUCACACACGGAGUUGUAACCAAGAGCUUGCCUCCUAAACACAAACCGAGCCAUUAUCAUUCGACCUCUUCGUCCAGACAAUCUGCCGACGCGACAGGAACCAUCGACGUCGUCGUCGCGGCAGACUCGUCAAAGGACGUGGCAGCCUCUGAAGCAACGACCACCCCCGCACCUACACCCCUUCGCAAACCGAUUGUGCGAUUCAAUGCCCAAAGCUUUCCGAGCGGGUCCCAUCCUCCACGCGUGGGUGAUGAUGUCCAAUUCCGCAUUGCCAUCCAUCGGCAAACAGGAUUAAAGCGCGCGGUGGACUUGACAGUCACAUUGAGCGCCGUAGCCAAGCGCAACGCGGCCAUCGAAGCCGUGCUGACGUCGCUGGUGCGGGAGACGGGGGUUGUGACGUCGAUCAAGGGGGGACACACUGGCACCAUUCGAUGUUUGAGUCGGCUGCAAGACGCCACGUUUGCCAUUUCCAACGAGGAGAAGAAGGGAAUGGUGUUGGCUGAAGGGGACAGUGUCUCGUUCUUUGUCGUGCCAGACGAACUGCAAGACCCGAACGAGUGUACGCCGCCCAAACACUUGACCAAAGCGUCUGGACGAGCUCGGGUCACCGCCAUUCGAGUCGAAAAGCUCGUCGACCAACCUGUGGUUUUUGAAGCGGUGGUAGCCACCAAUGUCCAAGGCACGGUGGUGGUCGCCCCCAAGGAUCUGAGUCGAACGAAUGGCCACCACGACUCUAAAUCACACACAACCCCACGUGGCAACCACAAUGGCGGCUUGGGCCAGAUCCAACCCAUCGUUAACGUUGUCGCAGACGACGACGAUGACGUUACCACCAGGUCAAACCCUCCCACCACCACCACCACCACCUUGCCGGUACAAUGGUCGGAAGUGUCGUAUGCGGCCAAGGCGGGCGACGUCGUCAUGUACGAUGUGUUGCAAGACUUUCGUCGUGGAAUGCAAUUCGCAGUCCACGUGCGCUGGCAUCAACUGCACCCUGAUGGCCGCGAAGUUGGCACCGUGUCAUCCCUCAAAGAUGAUUUUGGCUUUAUCAAAUGCGUCGAUCGCCCCGGGGACGCGUACUUUCGCGUGUCGGACGUGCUGCUGUCUGCAGGCGGCUGGUCGUCGCAGCCGACUCUGUCGUUACGUCAAGGGGUCGAAGUAUCGUUUGAUGUAAUUCCAAAUCCCAAGGCGGCUGGUGGAGCCAGGUCCGACGGCAUUCGCGCUGUUCGCGUCCAAGUGUUGCCCAAGCACACGAUUGUGUGGGAAGUCGUGGUGCACCAACAGACGACGGGUGUUGUCGUCGUGGCAGCGUCAACCCCUUCCCACCGCAAGUCGGAUUCUGGGUAUGCCCCCGACGGCCGCAUCACGUUUCAAACAUCCACAUGUCCCCUGGAACCUUUCCCCGAACUUCGCCGCCAGCUCCAGACAACAUUUGCCGAUCACGUUCCAGAUGACGACGUGGCGCUCGUGCUGAAGCAACUGACGCCGGCGCAACGCACCGCGCUCGACUUGUAUGCGCGUUUGGUGGGUCUGUCCAUCGUUGUUGGCCAUCCAUCCGCCGACGAUGGAAAAGCCAAGGGGGAGGUCAAGAUCGUCCUGUCGAAUCGGCCAGAUUGGACUGCGGCCGUCGCUCCGCACGACGCCGACGCCGACUUCUUUGCCCCCGAGAGCCUCCACGACGCCCGGUAUGAGUUGCAAGUAGGCGACGAGGUCACAUGCAGCAUCGUACGCACAAAACGUGGUCAACACUUGGUGGCCAAGGCGAUUCGGGUGGUGAAAUCCAGUACUAGUAUUACUAGUUCGGGAUGGGUGGUACUGGUCAAGACGGAAGGGUACGGCUUCAUCGAGUCCACGGACGGAGAGCGAGUGUAUUUCCGUGUGACCGACGUCGCGGACAAGGGGAGCACACCCAAGCUCCGCGAAGGCGACGAGGUCACGUUUACAAUCAAGAGUGGCGCUGAUCGAAAGCCCAAGGCUGUGGCGAUUACCAAAGUACCCCAAGGAACGCUUCCACCCAAGCAAGUGCGUAUCAUUGACCAAGCUAUCGUUGCGCGCGCGAGCUAUCGCAGCAGCCAGAAAUCGCAUCAUCAUCACCACCACAAAAAACACCAGACAUCAGCAGUUACGUCCACGGCUGGAAAGCUCAAGCAACUCUGUGUGGCAGCCGACAAUAGUAGUACGGCGGAUGAGAUUGCCGACGACGACAACCAGGGCGGAUGUGACGACGGAGGUGAAGACGACGGUGGUGAUGGCGGUCGCCACGGAUGGAUGUACCAUGUCGAAGAUCAAGUCGAUCCAUCUGCGGUACUCCGUCCUGGAGACAUUGUGACGUGCCAAGUCGUGGGCAAGAGCAAGCAAGCGACCCAAGUGACGUUGGUGUCGUCUAGCGCGCGAACGGGUGUGGUCGAGCUGGUCAAUGUCCAAGGAGGCACCAUCGUCGUGGCCGCCGCUGGGACUGCCACGUCAUCGGAACAAAGCGCAGCUCUAGACCAAGAACGGGUAGCGUACGUGAACAAGAGUCUGCUGCUGCUGCAUGGCGGACACCACGACCGAAAGGCGUUGAAUGUGGGCGAUAAGGUGGAGUUUGCGAUCGCGCAGCCCCUUGGGGACAAACCGGCCAUGGCCACGCAUAUUGUGCGCGUCGAAGGGGCGGAGCGGAAAGGCACCGGUGUGAACUCGAGCUUGCGACGGGUCAUGAAAGAAAACGGGGGCGGCGGCACAGCGGCGGCGCGAAUGGCCAAAGGUCCUGACGGCACGAAAGGAUUUGCCACUGGCUGGAAGUCACCUAGCGUAGACACGUUGUAAACAGCGAUCGUCAACACAAGGCGUUCCGCUGUAGAUUGACAUGGGUCAAAGUGUCUAAACUCCUUUAAAGAGAAAUAUACACUUCUACACCCCA